CAGUAGACUGUAUAUUACCCAUCGCAUCCAACAACACACAAGGAACCCAUUCACAUUACGUAUAACAAAGAUAAUUGAUUGGCAAGCGUGCGGUAAACGUACAUGCAAUUCUGUGUUCGGGACUGAGGCACCUGUUCUAAAAAGGAGAAGUUACGAAGGAUAGCCAAGCGGGUCUGCGACAUUUCCACCUCAUUUUUCGCUUUUGCUUUUUGGCGAAAGAGGAAAUAAAGUGUAAUUCGUGUGGAAAAAUAUCACAGGAAUCUCUCUAAGUGGAAUAUAGGAGGUGUCAUUUUGAUUAUUUCGUCGGAAAGUUGAUCGAAGAAGGGGAUCUCAAAGUCAAACGCGAAACUGAAACAAGCCGAAACCAUGGAUCCGCCCGGGAAGCCGAGGUUAUGUGCGUUGGUACGCGGGGCCGACGGGUACGGCUUCAAUCUGCACGGGGAAAAGGGACAACAUGGGCAGUAUAUACGUGCAGUUGAUGAGGGAUCACCAGCUGAACUAGCUGGCCUGCGAACAGGAGACAGAGUCAUCGAGGUAGAUGGCACCAACAUCGAACGCGAAACACACACACAGGUCGUUGCCCGCAUCAAGGCCGGCGGCGGCUCCACCAGUCUACUCGUCGUUGAUAGAGAACUCGAUGCAUACUGCAGACGGAAUGGAAUCACGAUAAAAGAGAGUAUGGCGGAAAGGGGCGAGAAGGAGUCGCCGCGGUUAAACGGUGACCACCUUGAAGUUCAGGGGGAGGUGCACAUUAUGAAUGGGGAUGCCAAGGAUAUGAUGGGUGACCAUGAUGUCAUUGAGGUGAAUGUGGAAGCGCAGGAGGAAUCGGCACCAGAUAGACAAACGGAGAUAGAGGAGGAGCAUCAGUAUUCUGAGAUUCAAAGACGGGAGGAGGAAGAGGAGGUCAUAGAGCAGUCAGCAGAUGCAGCAGUAGAAGAUGAAGAGAGGAGAGAAGUAGAGGAUGAAGUAGUCCAGGCAGAAGAAGUCAAUGUGGAAGAAAGCAUUCCAGUUCCACCCAUGGAUCGAGAUGAAGAGCCAGAAGUCAACAUUCCUGAGCCAGAACCUGAACCAAUCUUAGAAGCAGCCACCGUUCCUGAUGUGGAAUCAGCCCCACCCAUUGAUGAUGAGACGGACACUCCUGCUUUCAUUGAGGAGCCAGAGCGCCAACCGACACCGGAACCGGUUAGAGAGCCAUCGCCGGAACCAGUUCGAGAGCCGACGCCAGAGCCUGUUCGAGAGCCAACGCCUGAGCCUGUUCGAGAGCCAACUCCGGAACCGGUCCGAGAGCCAACGCCGGAGCCUGUCCGAGAGCCGACACCGGAACCGGUCCGAGAGCCGACACCAGAACCAGAGCCCAAGCCUUCUCAUCAACCUACGAGGUCUGAGUCUAUGCCUCCAGCCAGACCCGCCGCCCCACCCACUACAAGGCAAGCUAGUCUAAACGUCGAUAGCAACAAGUCUGGACUGGAGCUCUCCACGAUGGAAAAGGCAAGGAUACUGGCCGCAGGGAGGAAGAAGAAGAAGCAGGCGUCGGCUAAAAACUGGGAGGAUAAAUUUGCAGCGUUUAAUAAUCUAUAGGGAGUUGGUUUGCAGUGGUUUCAAUUGUACUUUGUAACAGUAUAUAUAGGUGUAUAACUUCAUGCUUCCAAUCAUCCACUAUGUGCUCACCACCGACUCUGCCUGCAUCUUUUCCCGAUAAGUCAUGUGAUCACUUUGUCACAUGAUCAGCUAAGGUCACCUGAUGCGAAACCCAAGUCAUGUGAUAAUCAUCCCAGUUCAUCUGAUGUGAAAGCCAAGUCAUGUGAUCACCCCAGGUCA